CGCCCAGCUGCGAAUAUUACUCUAGCUGUUGAAGCGAUUCUUCUAGCUUUAUUUUGGUUAUGUACAAUUCUAAUGCGUAGAGAAUUUACUAUAAUAUUCACAACCAUUACCGUAUUGCCAUUGACAAUUAAAACUGGUUUAACAGCUUUUCAUACAGCUGUCAUUGUAGCUAUUGACUUCCCUAAUAGAAAAGUGGUUGAUGCCUUAUACAUUGCUGAAAUAGUUUUUGAGACAACAACAUGUUUUACAUUUAUGACUGGAUCCACAAUAUUCGCUUAUGUGGCGAUCCAAACAUCUAGAACGCAGAAAUCUCCUAGGAAUACUACUUUUAUGAGUAUACUUCACAUUAAUCUUCUUAUUAUCUUGUGUGCCCUGUCCAUUAUGGAUGUAUUUCCACCACAAUUUAGUGAUUUCAAGUAUUCUACGAUUUCUCCAUUGGUGUUUUUGAUAGUGCUUGUUGGAGCAGGGUCAUUUAUGGUCAUUCUUGUAAUGAUGAUACUCAUGACUGGUAUGGCGGAAGCUUGUAACUGCGGAAAAAGAGUUAUUGUGGAGUCUAGAGAUCCAGUAGUGUUUAAUUCCCUUGCGAGAAUGUUCUGGACUAUCCCUCUGAUGAUCGCUGCCGGACUCUUUGCUCUGAUUGAUUACGUUGGAAAGCGGAGUCCCGAUCCAUAUCUUUCCACCAUAUCAAUCACAUUAUUGCCCUCUUGCAUUCUUUUAGCGCAGUUCCUGCUUAUACCUGCCUACAGGACUGCGAUAUUUUGUUGUUGUGCAAAUAAUCGUCUGCAAAAUCGAGUUGUACCGACAACACUUAUUAUGCGACCGCUCGCUACACCAACUUCUGCUUCUCCGCCUGGGAAGAUCAUGACUCCUGUCGCAACAUGA